AGUGCCGCCUCGCCGACCCCUCAGUGUGCCGAGUGCAGUGGUGGGAGUAAAUGGUAAUUCCUAGUGUUCUCUUCAGAGUUGACCCACCACCAUGGCAGCACCGACGCGCUGGGGCAUCGCGGGCGCCGGCCUCAUCUCCGCAGACUUCGUGACGGCCCAGAGGUUGCUGCCGGCCGGCCAUCACCGCGUGGUGGCCGUGGCGGCGCGCAGCCUUCAGUCCGCCAAGGAUUUCACGGCCAAGUACGGCGGGGAGAAGGCGUACGGGUCCUACGCGGAGCUGGCCGGGGACCCGGAGAUCGACGUGGUGUACGUGGGCGUGGUGAACACCAAGCACCUGGAGGUGGCGUCCCUCAUGCUGCGCGGCGGCAAACACGUGCUGUGCGAGAAGCCGCUGAGCAUGAACCUGCGCCAGACGCGGGAGCUGUUGGAGGCGGCGGCGCGCCAGAACGGGCGGUUCCUCAUGGAGGCCGUGAAGUCGAGGUUCUUCCCCGUCUACAAGGAGCUCCAGCGUCGCCUGCAGGCCGGGGAGAUCGGCGAGGUGGUGCACGUGACCGCCACGCUGUUCGACGACACCAGGAACGUGGAGCGGAUGCAGAAGAGGGAGCUGGGCGGCGGCGUGACCCUGGACCUCGCCCUGUACCCCAUCCAGCUGGUGACCCUCGUGAUGGGCGGCGAGCGGCCCCUCAGGGUGGCUGCUGGCGGGCACCUGAACGCUAACGGCGUGGACGAGACCAUCUCCGCCUCGCUCGUGUACUCCAAGGGCCGCGUCGCCUCCGUCUCUUCCUCCAUGAAGGCUUGCAGGCCCUCCGAGGCGCUCAUCUUCGGCACCAAGGGCUUCAUCAAGGUGUGUUCCCCCAUGCACUGCCCCGAGAGCCUGGAGGGGCCGUCGGGCGCCUUCACGUCCCCGCUGCCGAGGGGCGAGACGUUCAACUUCCCUAACAGCGAGGGACUCAUGUACGAGGCGGAGGAGGUGCGACGCUGCCUCCAGGAAGGCCUCUUUGAGAGCCCCGGCAUGACGCACAGUGUAUAA